ACGUCGAGCGUCCGUCGGGUAGCGCUGCCGACGCCAGCGCUCGCAGCGCGCGCUUCAGGCGGCGCGCGCGUCCCAGCUCGGAGACGGAACCCCAACACGCCAUGGCGUCGGCAACGCGGCUGCGAUGUUCCCCCGAUGUCUUCGCUUCGUCGUUGCCGUCGCUGUCGUCGACGCCGUCGUCACGACGGUUAAGUCGAACGUGAAGGCUCCUUCUUUGUUAUCAACGGCUGCUGGUCCGGGCGCCGCCGAAUGUCGGCGUGCAGUGGCAUGGCAGACGGCGUCUGCUACAAUAGCUCUGCGGGGGCCACCACGAUGAUGACAUCCCACCCCAGGGUUGUGUGGACCAACUGCUCGAGCUUCGUCUUCCCCCCAAACUGUUCUUCCCCGUCCUCCGGCAUGGAACACUUCUUCAAUGAGCCACCCGUCAUCGUGGUCGAGCUGGCCAAACUUGUGUACGGCAUCAUUUGCCUGGUGGGACUCUGCGGCAACUCGCUCGUGCUGUACGUGGUGCUUCGCUUCUCCAAGAUGCAGACGGUGACCAACAUGUACAUUUUUAACCUCGCCCUAGCGGACGAGAUGUUUCUCAUCGGUAUGCCUUUUUUAAUCGUGACCAUGGCGUACAAAGGUUGGCCCUUUGGGGCCGCCAUGUGUAAGAUGUACAUGACAACCACGUCCAUCAACCAGUUCACGUCCAGUCUCCUGUUGACGGUCAUGUCGGCCGACCGUUACGUCGCCGUCUGCCAUCCCAUCGCCUCCCCCCGUUACCGCACCCCGUUCAUCGCCAAGUUCAUUUGCCUCACGGCGUGGACAGUGUCCGCUCUUCUUAUGGUGCCCAUCUACAUGUACGCCAGCCUGAUCAUUGACGGCAACGGAGCCAUCAUCACUUGCAACAUCGUCUGGCCGCGUUCGGCCGCUAUGAACGGUCAGACUGCCUUUACACUGUACUCCUUCACCCUGGGGUUUGCCAUCCCGCUCGCCCUGAUCCUGCUCUUCUACAUCCUCGUCAUCUGGCGGUUGAGCCGCGUCGGACCGCGCGGUCGCCGGCGGUCCCACCGCAAGGUGACCUACCUCGUGCUCACCGUCAUCACCGUCUAUAUAAUCUGCUGGCUGCCUUACUGGGCCGCGCAGAUGUACAUAACGUUGGUGACGACUCCUGCCAGGCAGACGGCGGUCUCUUUUACCGUCUUUCUUCUCUGCGGUGGCCUGUCAUACGCAAACUCGGCAAUCAACCCAAUCCUGUACGCGUUUCUCAGCGAUAACUUUAAGAAGUCUUUCGCCAAAGCCUGUUCCAGCUGCACGGCGCGGCCGGGCACACGAGAUGCGGAUCCGCAUCAGAUGCACCCGCUAGAGAACAGCGCCCUGCCGGCGCCCAAGAACAGGGGCCACCCGUCGCAACCGACGACCACGACCGUCACAGCGCCCGAACCGUCGGCCGUUCAGCCUCCGCCUGCAUCACCCUGUCCGGUGUGAUACUCCCAUCGUUGCUCAGGCGCUCGUUUUUUUGUUACUUCUUUUUCGGCCCAAAUAAAAUGGUAUGC